UUUUUUGUGCGUGUGUGUGUGAAUGUUAGUGCGUGCGUGCCAUGUGGUGAGGUGGCUCCUCCCAUCAGCAGACGCAGGGUGGCACCAGUCUAAGAGCAAUUCCCCGCUUUUUAAAAGCUUACAUCACAGAAAGCUCACUUCACUGACUGUCGCCGUCUGUAAACGGUGGUUAACCUUAAAAGGUGUAACGUUGUGUAGUAAAGACAGUAAUGAUCUCCACCGUGGCUCCAACGAGCUUAACAACGUCUGUGACUGGGUUUAGCAAAAUAAUGUAGCAUAGUUCAACUUGGAAUUAAAGAGUUACGAAGUCCAUGCCGUAGGAGCUGUUGAAUAUCGGAUUAUUGGCUAUCUGUUUUGUCAGUACUGUUUUAUAAACCACGUGCACAAACAUUGGUGUAAGUAGUUUUAUUAACGUUUCCCCGUCUAGAAAUGAGACCGUAUGAACGGGACCAUACGAACAACAGCAGAGCUAAUCUUCAUAGGGCUCGUCUAAGUCCUGGAAUAGUAUGUAGCAAUGCAUAAUAUACACAGCGCUAUAACUAAAAAUAAAUAACCUGGAAUAGAAAAAAAACUUACAACUACCUAACAACUUAGCAACUACUCGAUUUACAAAGAAAUUUCGCUGCCCUUCCUGAAAAAUGCCUUGAGCUUCAUAGCGACUCAGAUCCCCCAGAUCUGGAUGCGGAGAGAUCAAGGACCCGCAGGCUCCCCGGUUAAUAUCAGGUAGACUCUACUGAUUCCACUGUUCCACUGGAACCUGCUGAUUGUUUAAAGGCCUCGAUCAACCUCAGGGCCCAUAGAUGCGAGGCAGACAGAAGCGAAACAAAGAUUAACCGCAUCAUGGAAAUGAAUAAAUUGCAGUCACAUGAGAACUAAGCACAAAUCAGUCAGAAGCAGAGGAAAGCUGAGAAUCGAGGACUGAACUUUUGAGAAACCUCCUGGGAAUAUUAAUCCAUGGAGAGCAGGCAUAUAUGUUCUACUCCUCUUCAGAUGUUUCAUUUAAAUGAGCUGGUCCCAUCAAAACACAAAAGACAUUCUGCUCUUGUCCAUUGACCGCAACUCAUUUCUUGACGUUUGCUUACACCGGACAGAACUUGAAUUUUCUCAAACCAAUUCCUUUAAGACUUAAUUCUCCAUUGCUGGAAUUGUACUGAUACCCUUAAUUAGGUAUCCUCUGGUAUCACCCAUGGCUUCACGAGAAACACCAAUGGCCAACUGCGGAGGCAUAGCGGUCAGUGCCUUUUUCUGGUCUGUUGCAAUUAUUUCAAUGCUCCUGACAACUGGGGUGCGAGGAGACUGUUGGCUGAUUGAGGGAGAAAAGGGAUUCGUGUGGCUUGCCAUUUGCAGCCAAAACCAACCACCGUACGAGGCUAUCCCUCAGCAUAUCAACAGCACCAUUGUGGACCUGCGUCUCAAUGAGAAUAAGAUCAAAAGCAUUCACUACUCCUCCCUCAGCCGCUUUGGCAAUCUAACAUAUCUGAAUUUGACAAAGAAUGAGAUCAGUUACAUAGAAGAUGGAGCAUUUUCGGCUCAGUUCAACCUGCAGGUUCUUCAGCUUGGUUUCAACCGAUUGAGGAAUCUAACCGAGGGGAUUCUCAGAGGCUUGGGCAAGCUACAGUACCUCUACCUCCAGGCAAACCUGAUUGAAACAGUGACACCCAAUGCCUUCUGGGAAUGCCCCAACAUCGAAAACAUAGACCUCUCCAUGAACCGCAUUCAGCAGCUGGAUGGUUCGACGUUCUCCAGCUUGACAAAACUCACCACCUGCGAGCUCUACACCAACCCUUUCAAUUGCUCCUGUGAACUUCUGGGAUUCGUCAAGUGGCUCUCCGUCUUUCCCAACAGGACGAAUGAGCGCAUGGUAUGCGACUCUCCGCCAGGUUUCUCUGGCUACAGCCUUCUCAGCCAGAAUCCCAACAUGCCGACGUUCCGCAACGCCCUGCACAUGCUCUCUACUGUGUGCACCGAUGACUAUGUGACACCGUACAUUGUUCUGCCCUCAGAAACAACGACGGUUCCGCCAGCCUUCACCCCCUGUGGCCUGGAGGACUGCCCUUCCGGAACCGACCCUGAGGAUCAGAACAUCAACGUGAGCCCGACAUACAUUGACCUUGACGUGAAGCCCAUCAUGAAGCUUAAACACGUCACUCAUACCAGUGCCACCAUACUGGUUCAGAUCCCACAUCCGUUCAAAAAGAUGUACAUCCUCGUUCUCUAUAACAACAGCUUCUUCACGGACAUCCAAAAUCUAAAAAACCAAAAGGAGGAAAUUGAGCUGAAAAAUCUGAAGGCUCACACUGAGUACACCUUCUGCGUGGCCUCAAUACGGAACUCACUGAGAUUCAAUCACACGUGUCUGACCAUCUCCACAGGACUCAAAAAUGAGAGGGAUAAGGUGGAUAAGAAUUCCACCGCCACACAUUACAUCAUGACAAUUCUUGGUUGUCUCUUCAGCAUGAUUAUCGUCUUAGGGGUGGUCUAUUACUGCUUGAGGAAAAAACGGCAACAAGAUGAGAACCACAAAAAGGGAGGGAGCCUCAAGAAAAAUAUCAUUGAACUGAAGUAUGGGGCAGAACUAGAGGGAGGAACUAUUUCUCGUAUGUCUCAAAAGCAGAUGAUGGCUGGAGAGACCAUGUCCAGAAUGCCAUACUUACCCCCCAGCGGGGAUAUUGAGCAGUACAAACUUCAGGAUAUAAGUGACACUCCUAAAAUGGCUAAGGGGAGUUACAUUGAGGUGCGUACUGGAGAGCCUCCUGAUCGCAGAGAAUGUGACCCUUCCAUGUCUGGAAACAACCAAGGUUCUGUAGCAGAGAUCUCGACCAUCGCUAAAGAGGUGGACAAAGUCAAUCAGAUCAUCAACAACUGCAUAGAUGCUCUGAAGUCUGAAAGUACGUCAUUCCAAGGUAUAAAGUCCGGGGCGGUGUCCACCGCAGAGCCGCAGUUAGUGCUGAUAUCGGAACAGCCGCAGAGCGCUUCUGCCUUCCUCUCUCCUGUCUACAAAGGCAGUUACCAUCACUCGCUGCAGAGGCGUCAGAGUCCCGAGGCUUCUCCCAAGCGGCCGGGCACUUCCGUCGGGAUGCGGAGCCCAAGGUCCUUCCGUUCGGAAGGAGCCUACAAGUCCGAAGCCAAGUACAUAGAGAAGACCUCACCGACCGGAGACACAAUCCUGACCAUCACGCCUGCGGCGGCCAUCUUGAGGGCAGAGGCGGAGAAGAUCCGGCAGUAUAGCGAGCACCGGCACUCCUACCCCGACCAAUCCGACCAGCCAGAGGGACUCGGGAACCGCAAGCCGUCCAUACUGGAGCCACUCACCCGGCCCCGGCCCAGAGAUCUCACCUAUUCCCAGCUCUCUCCCCAGUAUCACAAUCUUAGCUAUUCCUCCAGUCCAGAAUACUACUGCAAGCCUGCUCACACCAUAUGGGAGCGGUUCAAGCUUCAUCGCAAGCGUCACAAAGAGGAGGAGUACAUGGCUGCUGGACACGCGUUGCGCAAAAAGGUGCAAUUUGCUAAGGAUGAAGACUUGCAUGAUAUUUUGGACUAUUGGAAAGGAGUUUCAGCGCAACAGAAGUCUUGAUUUCCCCCCGACUUUUGUUAUUAGAUCUGGACCAAAAUUACACAAAUGUGCAAACAUUUAAACUGCAUUGAAAAAAAAAAAUAAUGCUCACAUAAUUUAUUGAAAACUUGCUACUGUUUUUAUUCAGUGUUCCAGGAUGACAUGGAGAAAGAUGUACUAGACUAACAGAUUGGAAUUUCUUAGUGUGUCUUAAAUUAAUUAACUUUUUCCGUAUAAAAACAAAAAUGAUACAAACAAAAAUGCAUUGGAAAUCACUAUUAGGGUAUCACACGGCCGUUUCCAGUGACUGUGAAUUAACCGUUGUAUACUUAGACAUAAACAGGCAAAAAAUUCCGCUGAACACUGUAUACAAGACUGUGUAUUUUCUGUUUUUUAUUCAGUUUUAAUUCACUUAUUUAUUUAUCUGUCAGAGCUGCACUUACAUGCACAUAAACAUUUGGCAUUGUUGAACAAAGUAUAUGGUAUGAUUUUCUUCAUACACAUUCAGAAACACAGAGACUCGUGUUUGCUUUGCCUGAGAUAUAUACUAAUUCUGUAUCAGUGCGGAAAGAACCAUGUAAAGACAAAUUUCUAUAUUUGCAAGUUUUGCGGUUUAGGAAAGGAAUGAUUACCUAUUUGAAGUUGAUUUUAAACAUAACUUUCAGAGACAGCUUUUCCAUAUUGUUUCACUGCUCAAACGAAUGUCUUGGAUAAAAUUGCGCCGUGCAAAGAAAUCGUACAUUCUUCAGCAAAUCUCAUUAUUCCUUCCUUUUCCUCCGCCAUUGUGUAUCUUUUAAUAAUGUCAAUCAAACUGCACAAUAUAAAAUUACCCAUUCAAAAUAUUCUUUUAAAAUUUUGAUUCCAUGGAAUGAAGUUCUACCAACUCUUACAUUUCUGAGUGAUUGACAGACCCCGGUAGUAACUUCCUCUUUCUGGAUGACAUCUCCACACGUUUUCCGUUUAGUGCAAUAAAAAUAAAAUUCUUGCAAGAACUCUUAUUCAUCUGCACCUCUGAUGCCAUGUAUACCCGAUUGUUAAAAAAAAAAAACAAUUCUAAUGUAAAUGACCGAUUUUCCUUUCAACGAGCUUAUAUUUUAUUUAUUUUUCUUAACCAAUGGAUAUUUUCAAGUAAACACCCUGAAUGCAUAAUCGACAGAUCAUCUGACUGUAGCUAUCACAGAAUCCCAGAACAUUGAUGAUAUAAGUACCUGAGAUAUAUACAAUACGCACAGAUUUUUAACUUCUUUAAGUGACACAAGUCAUUGUCCAUGUAUUAUAUUUGUCUAUUACACAGAUACUGCUUGUUCCGCAGAUGUUCGUCCAUAAAUUGACAUUGCAGCUCUAUUGAUGAAUGUAUUCUAUACAUAAUUAAAGUUUACCAACAUCCCUCUUUCCUUUCACCUUCUGUCUGCUAUUUCAAACCGUUUAACAAAACAACUGCCUGUUUUCUUCUCCACACACUUAUACUUGUAUUAUUUAUUUGUUAUUGUCAAAUAUCUGUCAAAAAAUGUCCAUAGUUAGUACAUUGUAAAACUUCAAUAAGGUGUUAAUACUUGGUAGCUGUACAAUGUUUCUCUACUUCCAGGGUGAAACAGCACAUCUAACUCUGUUAAUCCUCAGUUAGCUGACUCAUGUAAGUCAGCCAGUUGAAAAGUGUCAAAAAGAACUUGGAUAAUGUAUUUAUAACGGGCUAAUGUAGUUUUAAUGCCAUUCACAAAUGCUCAUUUGCCAGAUGUAACUAAACUGUUGUCAGUUAUUUGUGUUUUCUGAUUAUGUCCUUGAGUGGUAUUGCAAAUCUAGAAGGUGAUUGGCUUGUCCAAUUGCUUAUUUCAACCGCCUUAAACUUUUUUGGACUUCUGGAGUUCCUGUGUUCCUCCAUACUUGCCAGGACUUUUUUUCUCCUCAUGUUCCCUUUUUCCCCCCAAUGCAACUAAGUAGAUUUCAUGAGCUGUGUGUUUUACAAGUAUAUAGCCCCGUUUCCACAGACGUUGGGAAGCUGUGCAAAAUGUAAGUGAAAACCGAAUGCAAGGAUUUGCAAAUCAUAUUAACCCAUAUUUAAUAGAAAAGACAACAUAUUAAUAGAAAUACAAAAUGUCAAAUGCUGAGAAAUGUUAUUGUUUUAUGACAAAAAGUAUGCUAGGUUUGAAUUUGAUGCCAGCAACACAUUUUAAAAAUGUUGGGAUGGAGGCAACAAAGGACUGGAAAGGUUGUGUGAUGUUAAAACACCUGGUUGAAUAUCUCACAGUUAAUUAGGAUAAUUGACAACAGGUCAGUGAGAUGAUUGGGUAUAAAAUGAGCCUCCCAGAGAGGCAGAGUCUCUGUGUGGUGAAGAUGGGGAGAGGAUCACCGCUCUGUGAAAGACUGCAUGGGCAAAUAGUGCAAUAAUUUAAGAAUAAUGUUCCUCAGCGUAAUAUUGCAAAGAAUUUGGGAAUUUCAGGAACUACUGUACAUAAUAUCAUUAAGAUCCUGAGAAUCCGGAGAAAUCUCUGUACACAAUGGACAAGGCCAAAAACCGAUACUGAAUAUCUGUGAUCUUCUUCUUCACAGGUGGCACUGCAUUACAAACAGACCCGAUUCUAUAGCGGAAAUCACUGCAUGGGCUCAGGAACACUUCUGCAAACCAUUGUCUGUGAAUAAGGUUUGUCACUGCAUCCACAAAUGCAGGAUGAAACUCUAUCAUGCAAAGUAGAAACCACAUCUAAACAUGAUCCAGAAACUCUGCUGACGUCUCUGGGCCUGAGCACAUUUAAGAUGGACUAAAGAAAAAUGUAAAGCUGUCCUGUGGUCUGAUGAAUCAAGAUUUCAAAUUCUUUUUGGAAAUCAUGGAUGCCACGUCCUCUGGGCUAAAGAUGAGACGGACCAUCCAGCUUGUUAUCAGCAGUUAAAAACCCAGCCUCCGUGAUGGUGUGGGGGUGCAUUAGUGCCCAUGGCUUGGGUAGCUUGCACACCUGGGAGGGCACCAUUAAUGCUGAACAUAUACAGGUUUUGGACCAACAUAUGCUACCAUCCAGCAUCCAGUGUCUUUUUCAGAGAAGGCCUUGUAAAUUUCAGCAAGACAAUGGCAAACCGCAUUCAGCACGUAACACAGCAGCAUGGCUUCGUAGCAGAAGAGUCUGGGUGAGAGACUAGGCUGCUUGAGACCUGUCACGCCCCUGAAAACACUGAAACAAAAACAAUGCAUUGGAAUCCCAAACUGCUGAGCAGUUGAAAUCCUACAUGUGGGUUUAUAUGAUUUGUAAAUCAUUGCAUUCAGUUUUAUGGACUUCGUACGCAACGUCUCAACUAUUUUGGAAACGGGGUUGUAUUAGCCAGUAACCUUUGUGUUUUUGUACUGCAUAUUGUAGCACUCUUGUGUCUCAACGAAGAUCAAAAGAUCUUCAGAAAGGAAGGCGAUUGACUAUAACUAAGCAUAUUGGUAACAGAACAACAGCACAAUAAAGCGGAUCCUUUCUUUUUUUUAGUUUCUUAUUGUUAUGUCACCUGAUUUCGGGCAAAAACACUGAGCGGUGCUCAGUUGGGGAUCAACGUCUUCCAUCAUUUGUUUACUUUCCGAACGCUCUAAUCCAGGGUAAUUUGGGAGGAUUAUCAAGUAGUGUAUUAUUAGUUUUGAUGUCAGUCUCUGAAGAUACAGUUCCAAUGUCAUAUCUUGGAUUUAAACCUAUAAAUCUUACUAAUUAAUGUAGCAGUGUCAGCCAUCCAUGUGUGUCGGCAGCCAUAUUCGUUGACAUCUGAUUGCGUUGGUAUUUAUUCUUCAAAUAGUCUCAUAGACAAGCAGACUAUUUUAUUUUUCAUCAACUUUUGGAACGUUUUGGGGGGGAAGCAGAGUCCAAAACGCACACUCUGUUCUGAAACACAGCCCGUGUCAUCCCCUUCGUAGCGUAAGGGGCUUUUGAAUUUCACGUUGGUAGUAUAAAUACUGCUCAUCCAUCCAUCCAUCCAUCUUCAUUAAGUUUUUCCUGGUGAUUUAGGCCGCGGUAGUACAGCUAGCAGUUCCAUACAGGCCUAUUUCCACGGCGACAGAACCCAGGUCCAGGAGAAUCCAGGAGAAUUCCAAAUACUGCUGUUGUAAAAUAUAUGUAAAAUAUCUUCCAUACUGCGUAUCAAGUACAGGGUCAUGGUAAGCCUGGAGCCUAUCCGAAGAAAUACAGGGCACCACGCUGGCCUAAAUUUAUUUGUUUAUUAAACACAAAGCGAGCUAGCUUAACAUGCCUUCACAAUGUUCUGGAAGGUAAUAUUUAUAGCUACAUAUUUAAGCUUCUACUUUACACACUUGAUUUAAGUCUGUGUAGUCCUGUACAACUAAUGAAUACUGAGUUCAAUGAAAAGUUUAGCUUACUUUGAUUAUUGCUGUAAUUAGUAGAUUUUUGGUGUAAUUACUUCAUUUUUCAUUGUGAGAAAUACAAGGAGGGUGUGGAUAUUUCGGGGGAGGGGUGAGGUCGGGGGACAAGCCCCUUUACUCACCUGUAAUUAAUCAUUCAGGGGUAUAAACCGAGGCUGCUGUGUAUUCAUGGAAAGAGUGUCCGACUGUAUUGGGUGUCCUGUGCUUUGAAGCUACAGGCUGGGAAGGUGUGUUGUAUGAUGCUCAGCUGGCUGUCCGUUACAUGCCAAGGGAGCCAAAUAAAA